CAGGCACGUGGCGCGCGCGGGGCCUUGUGGGAUGCGUAGUUCCACCCCGUCUGCAGAGCUGAGGGAAAGAUGAGCGGGGGAAAGAAUAGUAGAGGCGUGGCUUCCGGGGAGGUUCCCGAGACUAGCGCGCCGCAAGCGACGCUCACCCAGAAGCCGAGGCGGGGCUCGCGGACUACAUUUCCCAUCAGGCGCGCGCUUCCGCCCGGCGCCUUCGUUUCCGGCCAGGCCAGGAGGGCGGGCGGAAGCCUCGCGACGAAGCUCUCCCGUCGCUCCGCCAUGGCGUCCGGCUGCCGCGUCGGCCCCUCCAUCCUCAACAGCGACCUGGCGGCCCUGGGCGCCGAGUGCGGCCGGAUGGUGGAUUGCGGAGCGGACUACCUGCACCUGGAUGUAAUGGACGGGCAUUUUGUACCAAACAUCACUUUUGGCCACCCUGUUGUAGAGAGCCUUCGGAAGCAGCUGGGUCAGCAGCCCUUCUUCGAUAUGCAUAUGAUGGUUGCUAAGCCAGAACAGUGGGUGAAGCCUAUGGCUGUAGCAGGUGCCAAUCAAUAUACCUUUCACAUAGAAGCUACCAACAAUCCAGGGGCACUCAUUAAGGACAUAAGAGAAAAUGGGAUGAAGGUUGGUUUGGCUAUCAAGCCAGGAACUACAGUAGAAUAUUUAGCACCAUGGGCCAAUCAGAUAGACAUGGCCUUAGUUAUGACUGUGGAACCUGGAUUUGGUGGGCAGAAGUUCAUGGAAGAUAUGAUGCCAAAGGUUCAUUGGCUGAGAACACAGUUUCCUUCCUUGGAUAUUGAAGUGGAUGGUGGUGUAGGGCCAGAUACCAUUCAUAAAUGUGCAGAGGCUGGAGCAAAUAUGAUUGUGUCUGGGAGUGCUAUAAUGAAGAGUGAUGAUCCCAGAGCGGUGAUUAAUCUCCUGAGGAACGUAUGUUGUGAAGCUGCUCAAAAGCGUUCCCUUGACCGAUGAAAUCAGGUUGCGACUUGGGAGGGCUGCUUUCUUGUAUAUGUGUGGGUGGGAUGUUGUGGAAUUAUGGUGCUGCUAAAGGAAAACUGCAGGUUUUCCUGUGCUGCAGAGAAUAUCAUCUUGGCAGCUUGGAAGUAUAUUGGUCCAGUGCUAUCCUUUGAUUUCAGAAAACUUUGUAAUAUGCAUUACAAAAUCAGGGUGCCUCUUGCUUGAAGAUGGUAUGUGUCAGCUUGCAAUCUAAGACAAAUGUAUUUUGUUCUACAUUCAACACAGAUUUGUUCAUUCCUUAAUAACUUAAAUGUUUUGAAAAUAAACACUGAUAAACAAGA